AUGCCUGCAAAGAUCGAACACCAGACCCCCUCACUCAGUUGUUCCAUAAUUGGGGAGGCCGAGGACGGCAUAGCUUGCUUUCGAGGCGUACCAUAUGCCACAGUUGACAAGCGGUGGGCGCACAGCGAAACAAAGCAUUCUCUCGAAUCUCCAUUUGACGCGACGAAAUAUGGGCCUCGAUGCCCGCAAGGAGAGGGUCAGGUUUUGGUAACAGGGGGUGUCAACGACCCCGUUCCAGGCGACGAUGAGUUCAAGUGUUUGAACUUGAAUGUUGCCGUACCACAAGAAGCACUAAAAACAAAUGCUGCACUUCCUGUUAUGGUAUGGAUUCACGGCGGUGCGUUCAAUUAUGGAGCUAAUUCCGUUGCACGAUACCGGCCAGUACAAUUAUCUCUCCUUGCGAGAGCGCAAGGAACUCCGGUAAUCGUUGUCCAGAUUCAAUACCGCCUCGGCCCCCUGGGCUUCUCUGCAAGUAACGACAUUCGUUCCGCACAAUCACCGCCUUCUUUAACCCCGUCGGGCGAUCUGGACCCAAACUCCACAUUCGGUAAUUUUGGCUUCGUGGAUCAAAUACAUGCCUUGGAAUGGGUGCGAGAUCAUAUCGGCGACUUUGGUGGCGACCCCGCAAACGUAACUGCUUUUGGUGUCAGCGCUGGUAGCGCGAGCAUUCACUACCACAUCCUCACAGGAACUCCCCUUUUUGACCGAGCCAUCCUCAUGUCGGGCAGUGCACCUACUCUCGGACCAUUGCCCGUUGAGUUGUAUGAAACAUCGUGGCAGAAUUUCCUCCUGCAAACAGGCGGCUUUGAAGAUUCGAAGACGUCUGUGGAGAGGUUAGAGAAAGCCAGAGCCCUGAGUCCACACCAGAUAAUCGAAGGCUUCAACUCAGCGCCUUUGGGUCCAAUGGCGGAUGGAGACUUACUUCCUCAGUCUUGGGCGUACAAUGAGACUCAAAAAACUACCCGCUGCAAGGAAAUCAUCAUUGGUGACACGAAGAUCGAAGCCAUCAUUAUGGACGGUCUCAUCAACGCCAUCCCACAGACCAGGUUUUCUCAAUUAGUACACGACACAAUACAAGACGGCGAGGGCUUCCUUCGCGCUUUUGAUUUCAUGCCCGACAUGGAUAAAACCGCAUAUCGUGAUGCAAUGCGCUGUUUUCUCUCCGUCGGCAUGUUUCAAUAUCCCAAUAUUCUCGUCGCGAAAAGAUUUCCGGGAAAGGUCUACUUUUAUCAUUUCGACGAGCCAUCCCCGUACCCUGGUCCCACAUUUGGUCUGCCAUAUCACGGCCAGUGUGCACUGUUUGUUUACCAAAAUGGAAAUGCCGAGUAUCCUGUGGCAGCAAAAACUACAGCCGAGAGUAUGGGGAAGAUUUGGACUGCGUUCGCAAGCGGAAAGGCGGCACCUUGGGAGGAGUAUAAAGUGGCGACGAGAUUCAUGCGCUUGGGUCCGAAUGGAGAGUCCUCACUGCACACUUUGGAGACUGAUCGCGUGAGAGAAUAUAAUUGGAUCGGGUGGGUGGACGAGAAUUACGAGAGCCUCAAGCAGCUCACGAGGUACUUGACUGUUAGAGUAUAG